AAAGACAAACAUUUUUUCCUGGUGAUUAUUUUUUUAUCCCUCGGCACUUUAAAAAUUUAAUAGUGAGUGAUUAUUAAUGAAUGACUCAAUUCCUGUGGCACUGCUUGGUAAACAAAAUAUAUCCACUUAAAAACAUAUUUUUAUGCUCAAAACCGCCGCACUAUGUUUAAUUGCAUUUCAACAACGGUCAAUGAGUGACGUUUAUGAUCAUUGAUUAUGGUGUUAUUUUAAUUACUCAAUGUCAAGUCGUAAUACGAGUCAAGUGUCGAUUGUUAUAAUUAAUAUCUGUUGCCGUGUUUUUUCGGCACCUCUGCUAUUGCCUCGAUAGCUGCUGACGACAAACCACCCCAAAAACACUUCUCGGAGUCAAGGAUUUGAUUUGCGGCAAUGGUGUUAGCUGUGCUGUCGUUCCUAAGCUUUGCGAUGUCCGCGGUCGCUGCGGGUAUGACGUCUUUAGCCGACGUGGUUUCGAUGUCGGCGGUUGUUGCCCAGAACAACAGCGGUGGCGAGUACACUGCCGAGUUGUUCGACUGCCUGGCGAACGUGACGCGUACGUAUUUUGACCGGCGGACCGUUUACAUGUAUUUCCGGCGGUCUGGAACAACCGAGUACGCGGCUGCAGUGGACGCUUUCGCCAUGGCCGUGCAAAGCCCCAAAGUGAUCGUGCCAUAUUCGUCGUUCACCGUGGACGCCCCGCCACAGCAGCAGACGAGAGGUGGUGUGUUCGCGUUCCUGGCCGAGGACAGGCUGUACACGCAACUGCUGAACACCACGCAGCGGAGCUAUUUCCUGGCGGUUUGGACGAGGCAGGUGCCCAUGAACAACAUCCGGCGCACGUUCCGCCUCUUUUGGGACGCGGGAAAGCAUGUAAACGUCGUCGGGCUGGUCCGGAUGGACGAGGGUGGCGUGAACGCGUAUACCUACCGGCCAUUUUCCAACUACGGGUGCAGCAAGUUGGGCCGGCCGUUGCUACUGGACCGGUGGGUGGAUGGACGGUUCAGUGUGGGUACCGACCUGUUCUCCGGAAAGCCGAAAACCGGUAACAUGCUCGGCUGUCCGCUCCGGUGCGCCGGCAACGAACACCCACCCGACACGGUGUUGCGGCCCGGCGACGGCACUGCACAGCGUCCGCUGUGGACCACGUCCGGCGUCGGCGGCAAGGUGCUAGAGAUCGUGGCCAGGCACAUGAACUUCACGCCGGUCAUCAUGUCACCGAAGGGUAAUGCGUCCGAAAUGUACAGUUGGUACAACAGCGCUGAAGUGUUAGACAACAUAACGGCUAUGCUGUACUCGGAGGAGGCCGACUUGGCGUUUGGCUGGUACUCGUACGCCACUCACAACAGUGCGUUCAACACUGAACUGGCUAGGACUACGAGUAUCGACUGUCUGGGGUGGGCAGUUCCGUACCGGGCCGGCCCUCCGCCGCAGUCUUGGACCAAUUACGUUUACGAGUUCGACAAAAUCGGAUGGUUGUUCAUCGGCUCGAUGUUCGUAGUUGCUGUUGGCGUGUUCCAUUUCUUCCGAAAACUGAAAAAGUUGCACCGCGUGGAUUCUGUGGUGUUCUUCGUGUACCGCACUGCUAUUGACCAGCCACUGGGCGUGCUGCCUGUCUGGUGUAGCCUCCGGGCGUUCAUGAUGCACUGGCUGUGGUACUGCAUGGUCAUCAACGUGGCGUACAAAGCGUCGUUGGGCAGCUUCAUGACGGUACCGGCGCACGGUGCAGAGUUCACUCGGAUGGAUGAGAUCCUGGACUCGGCGUUGAUCACGAUGGCCACCCCGCGGUCGAUGCACAUAAUGAACGCGACGACGGCCACUACGCGGAUAUCGCGGACGUUCAUGAAGCGGCUCCAGCUGUUGCCGCCCACCAACUUCGAGCUAGUCAUCGAUCGGCUGGUGGUUAAGCGUGACAUCGCUCUGUUCGAAGUGAAGCGGUUCAUGUACUACUACUCCAUACCCCAGGCUAAGCGCAUCAAAGUCAAGAUACCCAUACGGUUCCUGCCCGGCUGUCUGUUGCGCACGCACACCACGCAGUUCAUGUUCAACGGCGGCUCGUACCUCAUCGAGCCGGUCAACGCUGUGCUUAGUACGCUCUUCGAGACCGGCAUCGUCGACCACUGGAUCACACACUUGGGUUCCAAUAAGGUGCUGCCGCUGGAGAAGAUCCGCGGCCGGGUACUCAAGCUAGUCCGGCUCAAGGAAGCGUUCCUGUUCCUGUUUUUCAGCUAUGCCGUCGCGUCCGCCGUGCUCGUCGUCGAGAUCUGCUGGUCCACAAGACUGCACCGCCGACUGUUGCGACUAGUCCUGCAGCGGCAACGCCCAGCCCGGACUUGCACGAUGGCUACGAGUAGUAGCAGCACUGGCAAAGGCAGUGGCCGCAAAUCCCCUCGCAGUAACACCGUGUUUCCGUUCGUCCACUAAAAUUAUGUCAUUGAAUAAAUUUGUUGUGCGCACAGUAAUAUUGUUGUAAUAACUUAAAAUACAACAUAAUAAGUAGAAUAA